AGACAGUAGGGUCCUUGCUAGCCAAGGCAGCCCCUGCCAGACCCAGGGCAUGAGCAUCCUACAGCUCCUGGGGAAAAAAAUAUGGCCUCCCUCCACAGGGUGUAUUGAUCCUUAGCUAGCCCUGUCGCAUGUGUCUAACGGGCUCUUCUGGAGAGAGCAGCGCAGAGUGUCCAUAACCAACUUAGGGAUCAAAGUUCUUCACACACGCUGUGUGCGCUGCACCAGUCUUGCCCCUGUGGUUGUCUUUGGCAUAGCAAUGCUCUGCUGAGCCUGAUGCUCUGCUGAGCACAACGGAAAGGAAGAGGGAGGGAAGUGUUGGUUAAGUGCAAGGGUGAACUCCCUACCACUUACGAAAUGUGCUCUGGUGGUAGAUUCUUCAUGCACAAGAUCUGAGGCUGAGUUUGAAAAGAUGACCCUGAGUUUAUACAAAGAGCACAUGGGAGAGGAAGGAUGUUCUUGUGGUUAGAGUACUGGAUGGGGACUCAGGUAAUCACUCUGGCUCUACUGCAGACUUGCGGUGUGACCGUGGGCAUGUCACACACCUGGAAAUGUUCAAAGGGCCUUUGACUGUUCUGCAGGGUAUUUGGCUAGCCAAUUUUGGGUGCACAGAAAAUAGGGAAUUUUCAAAGAAUGCAGGCAGCAUUUGUUAUUUCAAACUAUGCACUUAGUAUUGGACACCCAGUCCCUGGAAUGUCAGAAACUCACACUAUAUGAUGCUAUGCUCUCCAGGCACUGCUAUUCUCCUAGGGGCAAACUCACCAUUGCAUCAGCAGAGAAAGAGAGAAGUCAGCUUGCACCAUCUCUGUUCAGGACUAAUUUAGUCCUUUCAUAGGAUAGGGUUGUCCUGAAGGUUGCCAUAACUUGUCUUUGUUGAGAUGGCCCCUGUUAGAAAUUGCUGGGGCGUAGAAACAGCAAGAUGCUGGUCUGCCCCGUCCACAUCUGUGGUCUAGAAUGUCCUCUGCAGCCAGGGCUCUUGUGAGGUGGCACACAGAUGGCCAAACUUGCUCUACACAUGGUGUAGAGGCUCUGGAAUACAGAAAUUGCACCUGGCCUAUGGCCUGUUUGCCCCAGCCUAGCUGGGAGAAAGGGAAGACCACAGGCCAGCAAUGAAUCUCAUCUGGCCCCAUUUUAAAAAGUCACAGCCUCCCCCUCAUUCAAAGUGUUUCAGCCAACCUCUUAUGGGGCAUCUAUGGCUUAUUGGGACAGUACAAUGACAUAGGAACAUAAAUUAAAAGCCUUGGGAAUAGUGAGGAAUUAAUAGUUUGUUUGAAAAAGUGAAAUUAGAACAGCAUUUCACGUUCUGUGCUUGAAUACUGUAGAACUAGAUUGUGAAGUGGCUAAUGGGUAGUUUCUAUACAAUCUAAAAAAAAUGUUCAAAACCGAGGGUAGGCACAAAUAGCUAUUGGGGCCCGGAUCUCGGGGUUGAAGUGAGAUCCCAUGAAUUUUCAAAGUAGGUGUUUGGCUGUAACAAAGUUGCUGGGAUGAACUGAGAUUAGUGGGAUUUUCAAAAGGGCCUGUGCAAACUUUCUUGGUAUGCAGGGCCAACCUGAAAGCUAUAUUAAGUUCAUAUUAGCAUACAUAAAUUAUACAUGUGUGUAUGCUAAUAAAAUCUGAACGAGGAGCAUUAUAAAAGCAGGCUUAUUUUCAGACACCUUUGGAGAAUGGCCGAAAAUCACAGGAUUUAGGGUAGGUGCAGGUGAUGGGAGCAUCAAGAAGACCCCAAAAUUGACACAAUAGUUACAGAAAUGACCUUGUUGAGGAAGAGCUGAUGGGGGGAGUACGUGGGAACCCUUUUUGCCAGCACAGAGCAGAGGCUGUAAAUGAGACAAACACUGUCAGAAGAAAUGGGAAGAUAUGAAAUUUGUGGCAGGAGAGUGAACCCCAUCUUUGCAUCUUCUGUGGCUGACACGGAACAGUCAGAUCUCCUCACUAUUCUGCUAGGACUGCUUUGUAUGGGAGGAGCUGCAUGCCAUAGAAUCCAGCCAGACUCCAUCUUGUGUGUCAACAAAGGAUCUAACAGCUGCAUGAGGAAGGGAAAGUGGCCUGUGUUAAUUAGAAACUCUUCCUCAGCUUCUCCCAGUGGCAAACUAUCAGUUGGUAAUUACAACGCACCAGUAACUCCCCAUUCUUCUCUGCUAAUGCUGGACAGCGAGCUAACGAGGAGGAGAGGAAAAGCUAGCGGAGGAGGAUGUACUGUGAAAGAGCAUUGCAUGGUUUCAAGUUCACGCUCUAACAACAAAGACGAAGCAAAACUAUUUGGGGAAUGUUUGUAUCGUUCUUUUAAAAACGAAGCCUUCAAUAUAAGGUUCAAGGUUGAAGGACAAGUGGACAAUUUUGGAAGCAUCUCUUUUUCGUGCUUCACCUCACUACAAGGAGAUGGUCAGGCAGGCAGAGAGGAGCUGCGUUCCCAACCCAAUAAAACUAGUUCCAACCACCUAGCAUUGUGCAACCCAGAAAAAGAUAAGCGAUCGUCCAUUAAAAUUAAUGGGAAAACACUGAAACAGCUUGAAACUGAAAAGAAAACCCCAGUCUUAGAAAACUAA